GAGCUCGAGCGGGGUCCAGAGGGUGGAACCGGAGAAUCUUUCAACUUGCAAGUUUUUCAAGGAAAGAAAGCGAGAAAGGGAGGGGGAAUAGCGCCCAGGACAGAAAAGAGGAGUUUGCAGCCAAGCGGGAUCGAUCGUUUGGGAUUUUUUUCUGGAGGUCCUUCCGAUCCUUUCCGUGGGCUGUGGCCAGCGGCACCGGCAGUGGAGUCCACGCUCGGCGGGUCAGACGCGGGCGAAGCGGGCGGGCGGCGGUGCGGCGGGGCAGGAGCGCAGCAAAGGCUUUUCCGCCCGGGAGCUCCGCGCCUGCGCCCCCUCCCUCACCCCGGCCUCUCCCUGCUCCCCCCUCCCCACCCCCACCCGGCCCUCUCCGGCGCGCGCCCCGCCACCCGCGCGCACUCGCUUGCGCUCCCCCUCGCGCACACACAUGGUCGGCUCGCAGCAAAGUUUCGCCUGCGAUCGCCACUCCCGGAUCCUGCUGCAGUGUUGGCGGCGGUAACCUUGAACUUUCCCAGCGCGGUGACACAUUCUCCUCGCUUUCCCCACUGCCUGGCCUCCUGCGCCCCCCUCCCCGCCUUUUUUUAAAAAAAGCAUUUCACCACCCACCACCACCCCAAUCCAACCCACACCGAACCCUCGCGCACCCCAAGCCCCCAACAACAACAACAUCAACAACAACAACAACUGCAAAACAGAAAACAAAUCCCCUAAACCGGGUGACCAGCAGCCUGCACCGGCGGCGGCAGCCUCGGAGAGCUCGGCCAGCGCGCGCGAACCGCAAGAGGGUUAAAAGUGUAGAUUGGAUUUCACCCCGGGAAAUCUAGCUCGCCGAGUGAACUUGAAUCUUUGGCUAUUUAAGGAGGACUGGGUUUGUUGCGAAGUUGCGGUGAUCCUGCGCAGAGCCCCGUCCUGAUUGAUCGCAUCGCUGGGCUCAGAUGACUGUAAAAUGAAUAGAUGAAAUCCUUGCUUCUCGAAGAUUUUCUUGGGCAUCUCCGGGAAAGUGCGUUUUAAGGCGAAGUCAUGAUGUAUUCUCCCAUCUGUCUCACUCAGGAUGAAUUCCACCCAUUUAUUGAGGCACUUCUCCCACACGUCCGUGCAAUCGCCUACACUUGGUUCAACCUGCAGGCUCGAAAACGCAAGUACUUUAAAAAGCAUGAGAAACGAAUGUCGAAGGAUGAAGAAAGGGCAGUCAAAGAUGAGCUGCUCAGCGAGAAGCCCGAAAUCAAGCAGAAGUGGGCAUCCAGGCUCCUGGCCAAACUGCGCAAAGAUAUCCGCCAGGAGUACCGGGAGGACUUUGUGCUGACCGUGACCGGCAAGAAGCACCCGUGCUGUGUCUUAUCCAAUCCAGACCAGAAGGGUAAGAUUAGGAGGAUCGACUGCCUGCGACAGGCAGACAAAGUCUGGCGUCUGGAUCUAGUCAUGGUGAUCCUGUUCAAAGGCAUCCCUUUGGAGAGUACGGAUGGAGAGCGACUUAUGAAGUCCCCGCACUGCACAAACCCAGCACUUUGUGUUCAGCCACACCACAUCACAGUAUCAGUUAAGGAGCUUGACUUGUUUUUGGCAUACUACGUGCAGGAGCAAGAUUCUGGACAAUCAGGAAGUCCAAGCCACAGUGAUCCUGCCAAGAAUCCUCCAGGGUACCUCGAGGACAGUUUUGUAAAAUCCGGAGUCUUCAAUGUUUCAGAGCUUGUGAGAGUAUCCAGAACACCCAUAACCCAGGGAACUGGAGUCAACUUCCCAAUCGGAGAAAUUCCCAGCCAACCGUACUAUCAUGACAUGAACUCCAGUGUGAACCUGCAGAGGUCGCUGUCUUCUCCACCGAGCAGCAAAAGACCCAAAACUAUAUCUAUAGAUGAAAAUAUGGAGCCAAGUCCUACAGGAGACUUUUACCCCUCUCCAAAUUCACCAGCUGCUGGAAGUCGAACAUGGCAUGAACGAGAUCAAGAUAUGUCUUCUCCAACUACAAUGAAGAAGCCUGAGAAGCCACUGUUUAGCUCUACAUCUCCACAGGAUUCUUCCCCAAGACUGAGCACUUUUCCCCAGCACCAUCAUCCCGGAAUACCUGGAGUCGCGCACAGUGUCAUCUCAACUCGAACUCCACCUCCGCCCUCACCAUUGCCAUUUCCGACGCAAGCUAUCCUUCCUCCGGCUCCUUCCAGCUACUUCUCUCAUCCAACAAUCAGAUACCCUCCUCACCUGAAUCCUCAGGAUACUCUGAAGAACUACGUACCUUCUUAUGACCCAUCCAGUCCUCAAACGAGCCAGCCUAACAGCAGUGGUCAAGUAGUAGGGAAAGUGCCUGGCCAUUUCACGCCUGUCUUGGCACCCUCUCCCCAUCCCAGUGCAGUGCGACCUGUGACCCUGACCAUGACAGAUACUAAACCCAUCACUACAUCCACUGAAGGUGAGGCAGCUUCACCUACAGCAACCACCUACACAGCCUCAGGCACAUCUCAAGCCAAUCGAUAUGUGGGACUAAGCCCAAGAGACCCAUCCUUCCUGCAUCAGCAACAGCUGAGGAUUUGUGACUGGACCAUGAAUCAAAACGGCAGGCAUUUAUACCCCAGUACCAGUGAGGAUACAUUGGGAAUUACUUGGCAAAGUCCUGGUACCUGGGCUAGCUUGGUCCCUUUUCAAGUGUCAAAUAGGACACCCAUCUUACCGGCCAAUGUCCAAAAUUAUGGUCUGAACAUAAUUGGAGAGCCUUUCCUUCAAGCGGAGACAAGCAACUGAGGGGAAAGAAACACAUCCGUAGUAUAAGAAAAUUAGGGGAGAAACACCCAACAAAGGAAAAGAGGAAGACUGGACCACAGGGAGAAAGGAGAGAAACUGAAGAAAGAAGACGGUAGACCAGCAUUGCAGCACUUACAGUCACUAAUUCCCUUAAGGUUGAGACUAUAGUGACAGGAAAGGGUCAAUGACAUCUCACUGAUGCUAGACUGCAGCCCCUGCACCGUAGCCUUUGUUACAUGAAGUCCGCUGGGAAAUAGAUGUUCUGUCUCUAUGACAAUAUAUUUUAACUGACUUUCUAGAUGCCUUAAUAUUUGCAUGAUAAGCUAGUUUUCUUGGUUAGUAUUCUUGUUGUUUACGCAUGGAGUCACUAUUCCUGGUUAUCUCAACAGCGAAGGCUAGGAGGCAGCGUCAGAGGUGCUGGGGACAGAGCCAUGAGCCAGCCAUUUUAUAAGCACUCUGAUUUCUAAAAGUUAAAAUUAUAUAUAUAUAUAUAUAUAAAAAAAAAUCUCUGUAGCCUUUAGUUAUCCGUACAGAUUUAUUAAAUUUUGGCCCUUAACCCAGCCUUUUCCAGUGUGUAACCCAGUUUGAAAUCUUAAAAAGGAAAAAAAAAAAGAGUAAAAAGAAAAAUAGGGAAAAAAAAAAAUGGUUUGAACUCAAAGGCUCUAUGGAAGAAAUGCCUCUAUGUGGGUAAAGGGUUACCUCUGCAUGCAACAGUAAAAAGUAAUAUAAUAUUUUCCCCACAAAAGAAACACUUAACAGAGGCAAGUGCAAUUUAUAAAUUUAUAUCUAAAGGGGAAUCAUGAUUAUAAGUCCUUCAGCCCUUGGACUCUAAAUUGAGGGGAUUAAAAAGAAUUUAAAAUAAUUUUGAGCGAAUUUAUUUUCCCCUCAGUUUUUGAGGGCAUUUAAAAAGGCAUUAAAUCAAGACAAAUCAUGUGCUUGAACAGAAAAAAUAAAAAUAAAAAAAAAUAUUGAAAACACAGCACUUAGGUUGGCUUAGCUGCAGCCUCCUCAGAGGUCGGAUUAUUUAUUUAAAAUUACUGGUUGCAUCAAGAACCCAUAGGGUGUACAAACGGUUCUAUACAAUCUGCAUCGUAGAGACAAAGAGGCAGGGAAAUCCGUGUCACAAGGGUAAAGCUCCCUGUGUACAGGCUGGGAACGCCAGGUAGGCUAGGAAAACCCGCUCGCUCUUUAAAGAAGUGCCAUCAGGGUGCUGGGAACAUGCAUGGUGCUUUCGGACAUUAGCCUUGUUCAACACAUUUCUCGUAUUGACAGAUCUAUAGUGUGCAUGGGCAGACACAUGCUGCCUCUAUGUCUCUUAAAAAUUUUAAUUAAAAGUACUCUUUCCAGUAAUCCUAAUUUGCACGAAGAUAUAAUGUCCACAUUACGUGCCUUGCCUUGAAAUCUAAAAAAAAAAAAAAAACAAAAGACAAAAAAAAAAAGAAACCACAAAAGUGACAUCACUACACUUGUUUUGCUGCAUUUAUUAUCGUUUUAAAUCUUUACCAUUUUUAUGACAAAAUAUUUUGUACUCCAGACGAAGAAAAAUGUGUGACAUCAUGGAUUUUUUAGACAGUUACACCUUUAUCUCACAUUUAUAAAGCAUAUCAUGGCUGUGUAUAGUUGCCGCUUAAAAAUUGUAAUCGACCAGCAAUAUUUUCAGUAUUUUGGUGUUUUUUCUAUUAACCUUUCAUGUUUUUCAUCUUCCAAUUAAUAUUUGGGGGGAGGGGUUUCAAAUUUAUACGAAUUAUGCAAUACCAAGUUUUGCCUAUGUAGGUAGUGCUUUUAGCUGUAUUGGUUAUUAUAGGUAAGUACACAGAUUUUAAAAAGAAAUAAUGUAUGCCUUUUCGUUUGUUUGUUUAUUUGUUUGUUUGUUUUAAUUGACCAAAGUGGGUACUGCUAUUUUUGCAGUGUGAUGAGGUCCUUUUGUGUACUGAGAGAUGGACAGGGGAUUUUUUUUUAAUAUACAUAUAUAAAUAUAUAUAUAUUCAGGGGUGGGUGGGAGGAUUUUUAACCCUUUACAGUGUAGCAGUGAAGCACUGCACCCUGAGAUGGGCCUGGGCUGCAAAGCGACUGUUCUGCCUACUGUGACAAACUUCAACUUCAACAGGUCCCCGCCCCCCCUACUUUCCCACCUGGGGUGCAAGCUGAACUCCUUUCUGGUUUCCAAGCUAAGAAACCAGGAAGAAAAGCAAGCACAGCGAGGCCUCCUAGAGGCCCACUUAGAGGAACUGCCCUAUCUUAUUUUAGUUGUUAUUGAUAGUUUUUUUUUUUUUUUUUUCCUGAAAGUUCCGCAGCCACAGUGGAGAGUGAGCCUGUCUCAUAUUUGGCAAAGACAUUUCUUGAAGUGCCCACAUAGCAGAUGUUGGCUGUUUCACACUUUUGAGUUUAACACAGGAAUAAGAUUUCUUCUACCAAACACAUCCCCCCAUCUGGAGGGAGAGCUCCCCUAUUCCCUCCCUGCCCUCUUUCAUUUUGUUCAUGACAGGAUAUGAUGUUCCUGUGACUUACUACUUCAAAGUGGAUGGCGUUGCACUUAGGAUUUUCUUCUUGGACAUCCAGAAGUUUGACUAGAGAGAGGGCUGCUCUUCUUGAGUGUAUUUGUACUGAUAGAUUAAAAGCAAAGUUCAGUUUUUAAGGAACAAAGGUAAAUCAAUACUCUUAUUUUACCUGCCCCUGUAAACUGGAAAGUGGAGCAGAGGGAAAUAUAGAAUUUUAAGCAACCAAUUUUCCUGUGGAUGAAUUAAGUGUGUUUGAUAAUGAUGGGGGGAGGGAGUUCUUUUGAAGGGGUGGUACUUCAAGUUUAUAUUUGAGUUUAUUUCCCCUGAGGACUAAAGGUGAAUGGAGACCAAUUUUAUUUUGUCUUUUCCUCGCCCCCACCUGGUCCUAUUACUGGAGUAAUAGUAAUGGAGUGUAUCCAUUACUCCAAGGAGAUCGUUGAGAAUUAGUGACAUACACAGUUGGCUGUCAAGAAGUUCUCUUGACCCCACCCCCAGCCCCACCCCAGGCCCUGCCCUAGUAAAUAAACUGUCAAGUGUAUGCAUAGCAGAUCAUGUAAUAGUGAGUACUUGAGAAUGAUGCUCCGAGGCCCGAGAUUAUAUCUGACUAGUCCAUUCAUGUCCGUCCACAUGCUGGUUAGCACAGUGGGAUUCUAGGACCGAGGUUCUAAGAAAGGCCAGCCAUGUCUGUGAUGCUCGCUCUGCAGAUAACAGAUCCUCUCAGCCAAGCUCAUAGUGUCUUUCUGACCUAUUUGCUGAAGAGUGCAACCCUACAGGACACAGUAUUCUUUCCAGGCAAUCCCCUCUCCUUGUCACCAGUGAAUGAACAAUUGUUGCUGAAGUACAUGGCACACUGUGGGCAUCCCUGCCUGCCUCUUGGGUACAGAGACCUAGGGCAAGUGUUCCUUUUUUUUUUUUAAAACCUAGUUCAAUGUUUCUUCUUUUCUUUGAGAUAAACUUAUUAAAAAAGCACUACUAUAGAAAAUCUCAAAUCCAUGUUUAGCCUAUUUUUUUUUUAAAACCAGGAAGUAUAUUCUGACGAAGGGCCCCACUUUUGCAGGUCUUGCACGCCCCUUCCUUACCCAGACUGCAGAGCUUCAGGAUGGUGACGGUCACCUAAGGGCAUCUGUAAGGGGUGGUGUCUCCCGCCACCAGCUCGUGGCACUGUCCAGCCUUUGUUGUAUUGCUUUGCAGCCCACCACUCACAGUGCCUCUAAAGUGUGUUUUCCCGAAGUGACGUGAGCAGUCGAGACUUGCCUAAGGGGGGAAAAAGAAACCUGAGAGGCAGUGAAGGAGACUGUACAUAAAGACAUGGCAAAACCUUAAGUAUAGCAAUAUAGUUAUCGGGUAAUGUUCGGGUGGGCAGCUCCAUUAUAAAGUAUGUGAAUGAAUCUGUGAAGCUGCGAGGAGAGAGAAGAGCGUGGUCUUAAUGAACCGCCUACCUUGUAGACAGUAAUUUGUACACUGUAUAGUUUUGUUAAGAAUUUUUUUUAAAUUAAAAUUCCCAUGUUUGUAAAGCUAACUUUUUAACAAUUAUAAUGGAACUGUAUGUUGUUUCCAUUUUUAAAGUAAACAAGAAUAUUCCUUGUUUAGAGACUGGACUCGAGUUAAAACUCUCCAGGCUCUUAAGUUAUGUAUUAAAAAAAAAAAUCUGUCCAUGUUAGGAGAUAUUUCACAGAUUCUUGUGCUUGAAAAGCAUAGGACGCUAAUCCUUUUUAAAAAAAAAGUGUAAAUGGAGAAAAGUUAUAUUUUAUGAAGGUUAUUUUGUUGUAUUUAGUAUUGGAAAAGUUGGUUUUCAGAGCAUUUCAGAAUGUCGGAAGCACCGCUGUCUUUUUGUUAGUAUAUAUGACCUUUUAGCAAAGGUUUUCUCCUCUUUUUUUUUUUUUUUUUUUUAAAUUUUGUGAUUAUUCCAUGAUGGUAUUUAAGGUUAAGUUUCACAGAGCAUUCAGGAUAGGCAGAAAACAGAACAGUGCGAUGUCUCACAUAGUGUGUCCUCAGGGAGCAGGAUCCUCGAUUUGUGACUUGUAGCUUCAAAAGGACUCAACGGCAGAGACUGCACCGGAACAUCUUGAGCAGCGAAGCAGGGCAUGUUCUCUACCUAGACGCAGAUUCUAUGUACCGUGUGAAACGAUGAAGGCUGCAGAAAGUUACCCCAUAUCAGUGGACAGUAUUCCUUCUCCAUGAAACAAUGCUACAAUCUUGCUGGCAGAUAGGCCCCAAGCAUGACAUUCAAUAUUGCUUACAUGUUCCUGUCAAGGUCUUUUGUUAACAUUAA